UUAUUAGUAUAACCAAAUAUAAAUAUAAAGCUUGAAAAAGAGAGGGGAGCACAACAAUGGCGAGCGAAACAAUGGCUGAACAACAAAAGAAACGAACAAUGGAGGCAAUAGAACGAAGAUUCGCUCAAGCGAAAGCUGAAAUUCAUCAUCAACAGCACAAGAAUAAGAAAAUCACUGUUACCACAACAAAAACUCCAACUGAAAACAAAAUUGAACUCACUUCCCAUGGUAUCAAUUCUCCGCUUUCGCCUCUCAAAUCAAUAGCAACUUCCUCAGCUCCAUCAUCCAAAAAAGGCCAUAUAUCUUUUUCUGGCCAUACAUCUGCUCAAGAUGUUGAACUGAAUAAUCCAGCAUACCUUCAGAUAUCCCAUUCAGCAGACGAUAAUCUUCUGAAAAUUACCACUGAGAUUUCUGGUAAAAACAUGACUGCUAACGAUAUUUUGCACGAUCUUCUCCAACAUGGUGAUUCAGCACAGAAAUAUAUGCAGGGGUCAAAAAAUGUGAAAGUUGAUAAUUGGAUUCUUCUUGAUAAUGUUGUGCAAAAAAGCAGCAUUGCUACUGGAGCUCGUAGUCAGGCUUUGCAGAGACAGUCAAAGAGAUCUAAAAGACAUAUGUCCAUAAAGCAACAUAAGAAGUUUGGAUCAUUUGAUUUUCCUCAAGAGUCUCAUAAUUAUGACAUCUUCAAGCCAAUGCAUGAUAAGUGGAAAGACUACGUGACAAAACUCCUAAAGAAUAUUGGGAAAAAUCUUUUAGCACAAUCUCUUCUUAAUGGAGACUUACAUGGUGCACUAAUUCUAGUUGUUCAGUGCAAAAUAGCAGGCUUAAUUGGUGUACGUGGUAUCAUGAUUCGUGAGACUGUAGAAACAUUUGGAAUAAUCACAGAAGAGAACAAAUUCCAAGUUGUACCAAAAAAGCUCUCUGUAUUUAUGCUACAAGUGGAUUGCUGGAAAGUUACAUUGCUUGGAGACAAACUCACUUCGAGAAACAUGACUACAUGAUGACUAAAUAUCUAAAAAUGUUGCCACAAGCUGUGGUUAUAACUAAACAUCCUUUUUGCAGUAUCAUCUUACAGAUGAAGAAUGAUUCCAAUAGCUGUAUUAUUUCUUGGAAGAUCACUUGGCCUGGGUUUCGUUCUAGAAAGACUACGUUGGGCUUACAGUGGGAGAACAAAGGUGAUAUCUAAUAGGGUAAUUAGUUUUUGAAAUUUCUAUACUGUAUUAGAAUUGAACGCGUCUUUGUUAGGUAUUUUCUCUCUCAGUGAUAAGAAUUGAUGCAACAGUUUUAUAUUUUAUAUUGAGACACUGGUCAA